GGAAGUGGAAAGGAGGGGGCCCUAGUACCCUGGUAGAUUUCCAGUUUGCUCCAGGUUUCCCUGCACCCGGGAGUCACCCCCAAAGCAAAGGCAGACUUUGCUAAGAGGGUGUUGGGGCGGAUGAGCUUUUAAAAAUACCUCCUUAAUAAUAAUUACGGUAUUCACUAAGCCCUUACUACGUGCCGAGCACCGGUCUGAGCGCCGGAGUGGAUACAAGCAGCGGGUGACACCUGGACUUCUCCGGACGCUGCGGUAGAGCUCCGCCCCAGGAUCCAGCCUCGUGCCCGCCGGCCUGCAUCGGGGGGCCGAAGUUCCCUCCUGGCAGUCGGCGGCUUGGGAAGGACGCGGUGGACGGAAGAAUGCCCGUGUGACCUUUCCCCGUCCCCUCCCUCGCCCCUGCGCGUCGGUGCCGCCCGGCCCGGCGCGGUAGGAUGUGGUGAGAGGAUGGGGGUUUUCCGGCGGGAGACUCACGAUGGCCAGGGAAGAUUCCGUCAAGUGCCUGCGCUGCCUGCUCUACGCCCUCAACAUGCUCUUUUGGGUGAUGUCCGUCAGCGUUUUGGCAGUGUCCGCUUGGAUGAGAGAUUACCUGAAUAACGUUCUGACAUUAACUGCCGAGACCAGGGUGGAAGAAGCUGUCAUUGUGACUUACUUUCCUGUGAUCCAUCCAGUCAUGAUUGCUGUCUGCUGUCUCCUUAUCAUUGUGGGGAUGUUAGGAUAUUGCGGAGCGGUGAAAAGAAAUUUGUUGCUUCUCGCAUGGUACUUCGGAAGUUUGCUCGUGAUUUUCUGUGUUGAACUCGCCUGUGGAGUUUGGACCUAUGAGCAGGAAGUCACGGCCCCUGUCCAGUGGUCAGAUAUGGUCUCCUUAAAAGCCAGGAUGACAAACUACGGUUUGCCUAGGUACCGGUGGUUGACUCAUGCUUGGAAUUUCUUUCAGAGAGAGUUCAAGUGCUGUGGAGUGGUGUAUUUCACCGACUGGCUGGAGAUGACCGAGCUGGACUGGCCCCCAGAUUCCUGCUGUGUGAGGGAGUUCCCGGGAUGUUCCAGGCAGGCACACGAUGAAGACCUCAGCGACCUUUAUCAAGAGGGCUGUGGGAAGAAGAUGUACACAUUCCUGAGGGGCACAAAGCAGCUGCAAGUGCUGCGAUUCUUGGGAAUCUCCAUUGGUGUGACCCAAAUCCUGGCUAUGAUCCUUACCAUUACCCUUCUCUGGGCACUGUACUACGACAGAAGGGACCGUGGGGCUGAGCAGAUGACGCCCUUGAAGGAAGAAGCCUCCCAGCACCUGUCCUGUCAUUCAGUAGAGCUGCUGAAACCAAACCUGACCAGGAUCUUCGAACACACAUCCGUGGCCCACAGCCUGAAUACGCACUUUGAAAUGGAGGAGCUGUAGACAACGCUGAAGAACAAAGCCGCCGAAAUGGGCGGAUCCAUCUCUGGCCUCGUCCUGCUUUCUGGGUCAUGGACUUUCAUCCAUCUGGGUGCGAUCCGUUAAUGGGUAGGAACGACUCAGAUUCAAGUGCUAGUUUAAAGGUCUGCUUUUCUUAAACGUGUUAAACAUCGUCGGAGGGAGACGGUCAAACCUGCCCAAUAUCCAUGAGGUAUUUCGUUUGUCAAACACUGAUUCAGUCACAUUCACUAAUUGGUAGGAGAGAGUAAUUGAAGCCACCCAUUCUGUGAUUUGUUCUCGGAAGCUUGAUACUAAACUUAUACAAAAGAUGGGUCAGUGAACAAAAUGGAAUGUUUACUGAAGUUGGGAAAUGGGCUUCACUGUUUUUUGCUAACCCAGUGCCUGCAAGCUAAUCAGGGAUCUAUGUGUAUAUAAGCAUGCGUGUCAGUCUGUAUAUUUUGGUAGCAUUCGGGCCCAGUAAAAUGUGCAGAUUGACAACCGUUGUGAAAAGGGCAAAAUGGUCUUUGGUACAGCACUUUCAGUUUAGCCUUUUCUUUGAAAGAUCUUUAAAAUGCUGUUCUUUAUAUUAUAUUAACUGAUAAGUGUUCAGUGAAAUGUUUAUUGUCACGUGUCAAGUCCCACAGGUAAUCAAUUAGCAUUAGCUUUCCUUUCCAAACCUUUAAUAAGGCAGUCGACACCUGUGAACCUAAGGCUGAAGCUUAAGAGGCUGAUUCUUUUCCAAAAUAGGAAUCAGUGAGAGACUGACACACUAAAAGGAGGUAGCAAUGCCUGGCUCGAAUCAAACCAACUAUAGAGGUUGAUAGAGCAAGCAAGUUAUGGAGGUAAGUUCUACAGGUUAAGUUCACUUUGUGAAGGGAGAAAAACAUUUUAGAUUUAAUUUCUUCAAUAAACGCUCCCAGGGUGUUUAUUAGAGUUAUGAAGUUUCUAAAAAAGUUGAAUAUAUUUAUUUUCAAUGGGAAAAGUGCAUUUUACUGUAUUUUGUAUACUAUGUUUAUUUUAUAGGAUAUUUGAAAGAAAAUUAAAUGGCUGUCAAUAACUUUUCUAGAGGGGUCAUUUGGGUUUGCAAGUUUUUCAAUCAUAUCAACUGCUUUGACAUUUUUCCAUUUGAGGAGAGAAAAUGAAGUUGUGAAAUAGCUUUUGUGACUUCCUGAACAGCCUUACUGAUGUAUGCCUUAUUUCUCAUGAAACUUCAAGGUAACUGUCCUUUCUUUUGAAAUUUGAUUCUGUGGGUGAAGCUUCCCUAAAUGCUUUAGAGCCAAGCCAAAAAGAACAGAAACUGAAUUUCAAGGACUCUGGCUCAGUUUUCUCAUUAAAAGUGCUUUUUGGA